AUGAUACGCAGGAGAAGACAAAAUGCACUGCUAGCGUUUGGCGUACUGACGGUCGCUGCGACGCAUUGCGUAGCGCUGAGCAACCGUCGCUUAAUCACAUUCGAAGAGGCACAUAUUACAGCGGAAGAUUUAGCAACAAAGGAGACAAAUGAGGUUGCACCCGUAGCUCUACCAGUAUCCGGAGAUAUCUCGUAUACGAAAGGUGGAGCAACAAACUCUUCUUUAUCGACGUCCAGCUUACAAACGACGGUGUCUGCGACAGUCCCAGAGACUGUAGGGAAAAAUGACCAAUUGUCAACGGCUCCAGUUACGAGUGCUACACCAACAGCAACGUUUUUACCAGCGCAAAUAUCAUUACCACCCGAUGCUUUGGCUGGAGAUCCCGCUGAGGUGUCGGGAGAAGCGACGACUCCAGAAUUUGUCGUCACUUCUAAUUCUGCAACUGCUCCUGUUUCGGCAGUGCCUUCUAAUGCUGCAUCGACUGAGGCAGGAGCUAUAGCAAAUCCUUUAACACCAAUUUCCCAAGGUACUCCUCCAGUUGUGGUGAGUGGUGAGACCGAUUCGCCAGAUACAUUAGAAUCAAUACCCACAGAUGCAGCAGCAGGAUUAGCCACUAAUACCCCGUCCAGUAUACCAGCUUCAUCUGCUGCUCCGUGGAUAGAGUCUUCCGGAUCAAAUAGCAGAGAUAACACAGUAGCGAUCGCACCUUUGGCAGGGAAUGGAGCGAAUGAUGAAAGUUCAGAUUCACAAGCUUCGAAAAGUGAUGAAUUGGUGGAUGGAUAUGAUGCUACGAAAGGCGUGGGUGUCAACUUCAAUAAAGGCAAUGAGAGGGAGAAAAAGAAUACAAAGAUAGAGGAGACUCAUAACAGUACCGGAGAAAGUCCUGGGUGUUGUGAUACAGACACAAGCACAAACAGCAAAGAUGGCAAAAGUGGAUUAGAUGAUUUCUUGAAGCCUGGCGGUGUAUCCGAUGUGUAUACAAGCUCUGCCACAUACAACAGUUUAGAUACUGGGUCCGUCGUCGCGAUCAUCGGAGUAAUUGCAGCAAUUAUCGGUCUUAUCGUGCUGUUUGUCGUAAUGAGCCGAAAAAAAUACAAGGUGGUUGACGAAAGCCCGCUUCCAUACGGCUACAAUAUGGACCUACGCUCAAUAGCGAGACCAUCUCCAACAUUUAUGCACGAUGACUCAAUUCUGGAAGGUGGCCGCAACGGCACAGCACUCAUAGUCACAGGUUCGUCACCUCAUCACGGCUCGGCUGAUUUAAGCGGGGAAAUUGCAGAUGAGUUGGGAUCUCUACCGAAUGUCACGAUGACAAAUAGUCAUCGCGAUCCAUUGGUGGAGACUCAUGCCAAACCAAACACGGAAAAUGUCCGCGUGUCUGCGCUUUAUUCAUCAGGUUCAUCCAUGACAAGUGGAAGUCGAGUAAGCAGCUCGUGGAGUUCGGUCUUGGCUUCUGAAUCUGACCACCAAUCGUCUACACGUGACACACGUGAUACAACAUUUAGCGGAUGGUCAGCGAGUAAUUUGUCAAACUUUGGAAGUUCAGGGAGUGGUGCGUCUGGAAGAUCCCGAUUCGCCCGAUCAUCGUCAAAUCUGUCUGUUGAUUUUUCCCAGACAGGCAAUAGUGAUCAAAGUCGCUCGCUAACACGUUUGUCGGAGGCACCUCGAAUAGCCGCAGGUCCAGUAGACUCGAAUUGCAGUGACCAGAGCACUGAGGUUUGA